GGUCUCGGGCCGUUCACGCUCCGCUCUGUUCUGUGAUCAUGUCUGCGGCGGACAACCAGCCAUGUCCGCUGAUUUAAAACCCCCAAAGGUCUGUUUAUCACCCGCCUCAGCCCGUCCGGACGACGGUUUAGUGGGAAUCCAAGAAGGACUGAAAGAUGGAGUCAAAUAAUCAUUUCAACUAUGACACCCACUCUGCAGCAAACUCAGGAUUGAAGCUCACCUCAGGGGAUUCUCUUUAUACUAAUGGGUCCUCCAUGAGUUUUCCUCAGCAAGGGAAGAAUAUGAAUGGCGAAAUGAAUGUGAAUGGCGUCACUACUGUACUCGGGUCCGGGGUGCCUGGUUCCCACCCGCCCACAGCUCCUUACCCACACAUGAGCAACCACCACCAGAGCAGCAUGGGCUAUGACUACCUGUGGGGGGGUCACCCGCAGUACGGUCCAGCCAUGGGCAACUCUCCUGGGCACGGGAUGCACCAGAAGCAGCCAACACCCGGGAUGGCGCAGCCUCAGUCACAGCACCACUUCCAGGGUCAUGGACAGUACCAGCUGAAUGGGGGUGUUGAAAGCUCCCACCAGCCCCCUGUGGCAGGCCCACCGAACAUGCCUCUCACUGGGAGUCAGUACUGGAACAGGAGUAACCCUGGCCCACAGCAGAUAAGUUAUAACUCCCACAGUAUGUAUGGGACAUACCCAAGUCAGGCACAUCCUGGAAUAUCUCCAUCACAACACCACCAGCAGCAGCAGUCCUUACAGCCCACCCCGCAUCAGCCGUCGCAGCAGCACCUCCACUCCCGCAGUCACCCACACCACCACCACCAGCAGCACCAGCAGCCACAGCAUUAUGGCCUGAUGCCUAAUGGGAUGCCCUACUACCAGCAUCAACCCCAGCACCCGUCCGUUCCGUCUCCCCAGCAGCAGCCAUCCCAGCAGUCUCAGCCCCAAAGCCAGGCUCAGCUGAUGCCCCCGGCUGCCCAGAGUUUUACUCCUCCUCGUGGCAGCCCACAGCACCACAGCUUGGGCAGAGGGGGCUCUGGCAGUCCUCUCCCCGUGGGAAUAUCCUCAUCACCCAUGAUGUCACCGUCAACAGUGCAGGAGAGUGGAUCACCCAGCAGGGAACGGAGCCCCCAUGCUAGCAAUGUGGGAAUAUCUACCGUCAUGCAAGGACACACGAGAGAAGCUGUCCAGGAGGCAGAUACAAGCUAUAAUGGCAUGGAAAGGGCACCUGUUGCCCAUAGGCUACCCAAAAGUUCAGCUCAUGUGGGACCUGAUUACCUUCCGCAUUCUGAACAGCCAGAAACUCAGCGACCAGAAAUGGCUUCCCCUGUCAGAGAGACAGCCGUUAAAACACCUUCCCUGUCGGUGUCAUCUCUGCUCUCUGCAUCUACCAAGGCCUCAACACCUCCUCAGGUCUCUGAGUCUCCCACGUCUGCCCCCGGGCCUCCUCUAGUAUCGCCCCCCGAUGUAGAAUCCACUCCGCCACAAAUCUCAACGCCCCCCAGUGUGUCCUCUACUCCAUCUCCAUCUGCUCCUCCCAGACUUUCCUCACCGCCUCAAAUGAAGCAAGGCCUUAGGCCUCCCACUUCUGCUGCGACCGAGACCUCCCCUGCUGGAUCCAGGCCUCCGUCAAAUGGGUCCUCUUCCUCCUCCCUGCCUGCAUCACCUCAGAAGUUGUCUACACCUCAUGCUUCAACUGAUAGUACGUCUAAACCUGCAGUUUCUUCAGUCUCUCCUCCGUCAUCGGACUCUGCGACUCAUCAAACCAAGUCUUCGUUGCCUCCUAAAGCUUCUGGACCUCCAACAAAUGUCACAACUGCACCCAUCUCAGCUCUUCAUCAGAUGGUUCAAGGGUCCAAGCCACCUCUGAUGACAUCUUGCUUUCCUGAUAAGCCUGGAGCUCGAAAUGAAAAGCCUGGACCCCCAAAAUUAAUUUCUACCGGCUCAUCAAUGGGGGCAAAAUCCUCAUCUGCUCGUGUGGCUCCACCUCUAAUAUCAGCAUCAGGAUCUUCAACCUCAACACCACCUGGCUCAGAAUCUUCUCCUGCCAUGUCUGUCUCAAGAACCUCCUCAGUUGGCGGUAAACCGGGUGACAAAGCGCCCACACCCCAGCGUCAGACAUGCACUCCUCCAGCUGCUGACUCUGGUCUUUCCACUGCUUCCACAGCAUCACCACCACCAGCAGCGACGAACUUACCCUCCCUAGCAGCCCAUGAAAGUCUUACAGUCCGACCUCCACCUACCCUACCUCUUCUAACCGCUCAAGCCUCCAGGACUGCACCGGUGUCCGCCCCACCUCCUUUGGUGUCUCUGACUUCUACAAUGGGUACGUCUUCUGUAGUAGUCCAAAGUUCUGACUCUGAGCAGCAUCCUCCUAACACCACUCCUCCUCGUGUGCUGAAGCGGUCGUCUCCGAAGUCAGAGCACUGUGGUCAUAGUGAGGAUAGGAAAGAGUUGGCUAACAAACGAAACGGAAAACCAGACGAACACCACCCUCGUCCUUAUCGACCCCAAAUGAAGCCACCACAGAAGGAGGAAGCUACUGAGACUAAAUCAGAAAUUUGCUCACCCAAAUUCCUCACUGAUCUUCCUGGGAAACCGCUGCAGCCCACAGUCGCUCCCAAGAAUCAACCAACAGCCUCUGAAAAGCACCACCUGCAAAGCAGCAUCUGUGAGGCAGAGGACUCCAUGGUGGAGGAGUCUCCACUCAGAAAGUCUUCACAUCUCCACAGCACAAGGCUAGAACAUCUGACGGAUGAAGAAGAAAGUUUUAAUGACUCUUCACAAACAGCUUCUCACUUUGAUGGCAGUUCAACAUUUGACAGCCCCUCUCGAAUUGAUGUCAGCUCUGCCUUUGAAAAGACCUCUCCUCUAGACGGUGAUAGCUCAUGCGUGGACGACUCCUCUCACUUUGACAGCAGCUUUCACCUGAGAAAGGACACCUCUCAGUUCGACAGCACUUCUCAUGCAGAGGACGAACCAUCUUCUGGGUUCGACACCACUGGAGUGAGCGGCUAUUCUGUGGGAGACUCCAGGGAGGACACGUUGGACUCCACCAGGGAUGGGGAAACGUCUGAGGCAGAAGAGACCAAGGACAGCUGUCAAAUCACAGGGGAAUCCAUGCUGGAGUCUUCCUCUCAGAUAGAAGAUCCUUCUGAUACUUCAAGACCUGAAGCAGAGUGGGGACCCAGAGGACUUGAUACACCAGACUCAGCUGGACGCACUAGCAUUAAGACCACUGCCAGUGAGACAAUGACUCCCCUGAGUUUGAAGAUGAAAGAUGAGAACUUCAUCGCCUUCAGUACCCCAGCAGAGAGCCCUGCGGUACACCCACUGCAACCAGUAACUGAUCCCAUCGUACCAGCUGCUAAAGGACGUCAGAAAACGCCAGGGAAACCACGCAAACCUCGCACUCCAAAGGCACUAAUGAUUAAAACCCCAGCUCCUGAGGGGACCCAGCGGAAACCUCGGGUUCGAACCCCUAAAGUGGAGAAGAUCAAGACUGAAGAAGAGGGAGGAAAUAAAGAAGUAGUACCCAAGGGCAGAAAGAGGAAGAAGUCUCUCAAGGUGGAUGUUAAAGAAACAUCAGGCGUAUGUGGAGAGGCUGGGCCUUCCACAGGAGAGGUGGACACCGUCACCACCACUAUUGAAGCUGUUCUGGCCAACGCUUUAGCUUAUACCACACCAGUCGAGAAACCCAAGAAGGCAAAAAGGGCCAAGAAACAAGACCAGGAAGGAAAUGUGGCAAAAACACCCAAAAAAGACGCAGAAACAAUUGCUGGCGAUGCUGAUGACAAUGAUGACGACAGCUCCACUGCAGGUGAAUCUAACAGACAGAGGAGGGUCGCAACUGAGGAGCAGGUUCAGUUCCCGAUGCGACAUGGUUGGAGGAGGGAGAUUCGUGUGAAGAGAUUGGAGGACCGCAUGAAGGGCGAAACCUGGUACUACACACCUUGUGGAAGGAGGAUGAAGCAGUUCCCAGAAAUCAUCAAGUACUUGAGGAAACACACGGACAGUUUGGUCAACAGAGAACACUUCAGCUUCAGCCCACGCAUGCCUGUCGGAGAUUUUUAUGAAGAAAGAGAAACUCCUGAGGGUAAACAGUGGAUCCAGUUGGCCAAUGAGGAGGUUCCCUCUAUGAUCAUGGCAAUCACUGGCCGGCGAGGUCGACCUCCAAACCCUGAUAAAGAGAAACCUCGCAGGGUCCGCGGCCUGAAGGGAGGGCCCAUUCGCCGCCCCGGUAGACCUCCCAAACCCAAGAUGAUCGACCUCCUCAGCAAAGUUGACGCCAAGCUUUUGAAGCGACUUGAAGCCAAGGAAGCUCUCACGGAGGAGGAAAAGGAGAAACUUGCGAAAAUCAAAAAGAAAAUGAAGAAAAAGGCAAGAAUGAAGAGAAGGGAGGAUACGAAGAUUAAGAAGAUGAAAGCGGAGAAAAAGAAAGCCAAGCUUGAGCAAGAGGCCAAGGACCAGGAGCUGAAGGCCGAACCAACCGAACCAACCGACCCAACAGCCCCCCAGGCCACGCAGCCGGCACCGGGCACUGCUGCAGAGCCCAAGAAGCCCGGCCGCAGGAGGUCAGUCAAGCUGGAGGUUCCUCCACCAGUGCAGCAGACCGACGAGGAGAGGAUAGCCCAGGGUAAGAGGGUGCUGGGUGCUCGGAGUAAAGCCAAGGCUCUGGCCAAAGCCCAGGCAGAGGCAGAGGCGGCGGCUCAGGCGGCUAUGACGGCUAAGAGGGCGGCAGAGAGGAGAGCGCAGACCCAGAGACGUCUGGAGGAGCGCAAGAGGCAGCAGCUGAUCGCAGACGAGCUGAAGAAGCCCGCAGAGGACAUGUGUCUCACUGACCACAAACCGCUGCCAGAUCUGUCCCGUGUCCCCGGUGUGGUUCUCUCCGGCAAAGCUUUUGCACACUGUCUGGCUGUGGUGGAGUUCCUACACGGCUAUGGGAAGAUCAUUGGUCUCAAUAUACCCAAGGACAUCCCCAGCCUCGCCACCCUGCAGGAGGGUCUAUUAGGCCUGGGUGACAGCCAAGGAGAGGUCCAGGACCUUCUGAUCAAGCUGGUGGAGGCAGCACUUCAUGAUCCAGGCCUGCCAUCAUUUUAUCAGUCAGUAAAGAUCCUCGGGGAUAAGCUGGUUGAGAUCAAGCUGACUCGCAGCACAGUCUCGGAAGUGUUACGGGUCUUUUUGGAGUCUUAUGGUUAUGAGACAGAAGUGUGCAACACGCUGAGGACCAAAACAUUUCAUGCUCUGCCUCCGGACACCAAGGCAUCAAUCCUGGGUUUCCUGGUGGACGAGCUCAACAGCAGCAACGCUGUGACGAGUGACAUUGACAACACUUUAGAAAACAUGGCAACUUACAGGAAGAACAAGUGGAUCAUUGAGGGGAAGUUGCGCAGACUGAAGGCGGCACUAGCGCGCCGUACAGGACGCUCAGAGGAAGAGCUGUGUUUUGAGGAGAGGAGGCGCAGUGCCAGAGUGGCCGAGGAGGAGAACCUCAGUCUGGAGGAGGGGGGCCCGGUCUCUGAGAGAGGCAACCGCCGUGCACGCAAAGAAGAGCCCAAACUCAGUGAUAGCGAGAGCCCUGCUAAUGCCAGCAUUCCAGAGCUUGAAAGGCAGAUCGAUAAGCUAGCCAAGCGCCAAGCGUUUUUCCGUAAAAAGCUGCUACAGUCAUCUCAUUCCAUGCGGGCAGUACUGCUGGGUCAGGACCGUUACCAGCGCAGAUACUUGGCCCUUCCUCACCUCGGAGGAGUUCUGGUCGAAGGGCCAGAGGAGCUUCUGACUUCUGGAGAAGUCCUUGUAGCCGAGGUUCCCGUCACCUUCCUCAAAAAGGAGCCCAAAGUGGAGGAGACCCCCAUGCCCACCACUCCCCCUCCUACUCUACCUUCCUCUCCUUCCUCUGCUUCCGCCGCACAGCCCCAGACCUUUUCUCAAGAGGAGGACGACCUCCCCGGCACCGCAUCCCUCAUGAGCAGGCCGAGGGGACGAGGACGGCCCCGAAAAAUCAAACCCGAAGUGGAGCUUCACCUGCGCACAGCGAAGAUUCGCCGCCGGCGUCGAAGCAGCGCCAGGUCGGGGGGCGAAGAAGUGCCGGGCUCGCCGAACAGCGGCACCCACAACCUCACAAAGGCUGCUUUCCAGAGCUGGCUCAGCCAAUCACAGGAAGCGGUGACCAACGGCACGUGCUCAGCGGCAGGGGAUGCUCCAGAGGGUAAUCGACCAGAGGAGAGCGUGAAGGAGAUGGCGGAGAAACAGGGGCAGUGGUUCAACCUGCUCCCAAAGCAACCGUGCGACGAUAACUCUCUGACGGAGUGUCAGACUCCCAGCUCACCUCCUAAGCUCCUCCCUCAGGUCACGAGUGCUCUGCCCGCACUUGCUGCUCCACUCGUGAAGCCGGACCCGCUCUUGCCUAGCCUGACGCCUGCUGACCCCUUGACCCCAGCAACAGCACAGGACAUUCCCUCUACACUUCCUGCUUCUGCUGCUCCUGUUUGUGCCCCAGAGCCACCUCUCCCUCAGCUUCUUCCAGCUCCCGUUACCCCUGCCACGCCCACUCCGACUACCCCUCCCAAGCCAGGGCGCAGGCGGAGGAGAGGGAGCCGAGGCAGCAGUCCUGCCCGCCGAGGGGCGAGAGGAGCUGCAGCCAAACGCCGUGGCCGCCCUCCCAACUCUGUGUUCCAAGAAAUGGAGCAACAGUACUUCACACAACUGGUGGUCAAGCCGAUACCAGCAUCAAUGGUGCGUGGCUGGUGGUGGAUCAAGGAUCCAGAGGAGCUUUACAGCACCUUACAGGCCCUUCAUCCAAGGGGCAUCAGGGAGAAGGUGCUCCAUAAGCAUUUGGCCAAACAAAUGGAGAGUUUAGCUGAGAUAUGCACCAAACCUAUCAACGACCCUUUAUUUGAGUCGAAGGUAGAGGAGAAGGAUGUGCUGAUGGAGGCUCUGCAGCAGCCCUGGCAAGUGCAGGAGAAAGCGAUGGAGACUGACAUCAGAGCCCUGCAGUGGGUGGAGGACCUGGAGCAGCGGGUCAUUGCAGCUGACCUCCAUCUCAAGGCGGCACCUCAGAGUGCAGUGACUGAUGCUGAAUCCAACACGGAGACACCAGUGGCAGAAUUUCAGCCCUACACAAUCCCAGAUCCAGACUCCACGCGUGAUGACCUCCAAUACUACGAACAUGAGGCCGACCCACGUGAUGACUGGAUUGUGCGAACUAAGAAGGAGUGGUCCAACCUGCCCCGCGUCGCCACACACCCGGUGGACUUGGCGAUGUUGCGGUUGGCCAACCUCGAGCGAAACAUAGAAAGACGCUACCUGAAGGAGCCGCUCUGGAACCCCGCCGAAGUGAUGCGCCUCGCUCCUCUCACCCCGACCCCAGGAGAAGAGCAUCUCAUGGAUGUCUUCAGUCUGGAAAGCGAGAUCACGUCUCGACUACGAACGUGGCGACAAGCUCUGGAUCGCUGCCGCAGCGCUCCCCAGGUCUGUCUGUGUAUACUUCAGCUGGAGAAGGCCAUUGCUUGGGAGAGAUCUGUGACUAAGGUGAAUUGUCAGGUUUGCAGGAAAGGAGACAACGAUGACUGUCUCUUGCUGUGUGACGGCUGUGAUCGAGGCUGCCACAUGUACUGCCUGAAGCCCAAAAUCACCCAGGUGCCAGAGGGAGACUGGUUUUGUCCUACCUGCGUUGCCCAGGACGUCUGUGAUUCACCUCGCUCAUCCAAAAAGAGGACCCGGGUGAAGAAGAGAAGAUAUGAAGACGACAGCUCUGAAGAUGAGACGUCAACGCGACGAAGUACUGGCGGCAUGGCAACGCGGUUCAAGGAGACCGUGACACCCCCCUCAUCUUCCCGUCACUCUGGAGAAGGAAGCGCCGCUAAACGUCGUCGCAUGACGACCCGCAACCAGCCUGACCUCACCUUCUGCGAGAUCAUUCUGAUGGAGAUGGAGUCUCACGCAGACGCCUGGCCGUUCCUUGAACCCGUCAACCCCCGACUGGUGCCGGGCUACCGUCGCAUCAUCAAAAGCCCCAUGGACUUCCUCACCAUGAGAGAACGGCUGCUACAGGGAGGGUACUGCAGCUGUGAGGAGUUUGCGGCAGACGCUCACCUCAUCUUCAACAACUGUGAGCUGUUCAACGAGGACACGUCGGAGGUGGGAACGGCUGGUCACGCCAUGAGGCGUUUCUUUGAGAGCCGCUGGGCGGAGUUCUACUCAAAUAAGGACAAAUAGGAGUCUAUGGUGGGGCUGUAUACUGUUGGUGCUGUCACCGUCCCAGGCACACUAUCUCCAUUACUGCUAAGACUGUCUGGAGGUUCUUCCAGCUAUGUGUAUUCGCUCAUGUAUAGGUAUAUAUGUAUAGAUUUUUGGCUAAUUGUCUGUUAUUGUUUCCUCUAUCGGCUUGAAUCUUUUUCCAGGCUCACAGCUGAACUGGCUUGAACUUGUACCCAUUCCUCAUCACGGAGAGUGAGAACACGUCUCUCUUAGCAUUUCAUUCCUCCUUUCGUGUCUCCUCAUCUUCACCUCAUCUCCAGUUUGCAUUCUCCCGUCACGUCCCCUUCACAAGCCCCCCAUGUCCUAGCGCACGCAGCCUUCGGUCAAGCCCUGCUGGUGAGGUGAUGACACGGUCUCAGGCCCCGGGUGUUGUGGUUCUCAGACUGGUACCGAAGGUCAGAGACUGAUCACACUAUUGCGGCCUAACUGCUGCAUACUGGACCUGCUUAGCACCGCUCGACGACAAAAACGGAUCAAAACUCUUCACUGAGCUCGGGGCCAUUUCUUACCUGUUCAAUGGAAAUGUAAUGUAACGUGGUCUUAUGCCUAGAAGUAAUUUUUUUGCUCAAUAUAUUUUUAUUAUAUAUUCUAUAUAUAAAUAUAUAUACAGAUUACAAUAGCUGGGAUUAUUUAAUAGCAAUAGCUUGUAGUGGAUGUGUACAGAUUACCUUAUAGAGAUGUCUAGACGAUUUCUGAAAAAGGCCAGUUAAACUAAAAAGAAUCUGUUCUUGGACUGUCACGAGUAGCUGUUGUAUAACCUCCACUUAAAGUCUUGCACGCCACACAUGCACACUUUUCACCUAUACACGCAUAAACAUGCACACGAUUUGACACACACACACACACACACACACACACACACACACACACACACACACACACACAUACACAUACCCACCUUCUGCUGCUGUGUGAAACACUGGUUUCCGAGACUGGAGGAUUUAUUUGGUGUUGGUCUAGGCUUAGACUUUUAUAUUUCACUGUCCCUCUUGUUAAAAGUAAAUUAUCGGCUAGUUAUUUCUGAUCUGUGUCACAGACUGUAUACGACUGAAAGGAUGCUCCAUUUUACUAUAAAAUCACCACAAAACAACAUGGUGUUUGCAUUGAGAAACGAUCCGUGUUGAAAAUGAAUUUCAUCUGAGCAGGUGGAAACAUCUUACAGGACAUGCAAGGCUAAAAUCCUCCUCCCGUUUUAAAGACUAGAAUUGCAAAGGAGCUCUGAUAAUGAGGUACUGGGCACAUUCCUGCCUGGUUUUCUGUCUUACAUUCCUUUUUAUUGAUUUUAUUUUUGCUGUUCAAGGGCCAAUUUCCGACGUUGCGUGGCAUGGAUGGCUUGCUAUGAAGGCGACGUGAUGACUCCACAGUCCGGGUUUUAUUUAAACGUGUUUCUUACACUGAACUCAAAUCCGUUGAUAGGAAAAUAGACUUUCAAUGUUCCUUGUUACACUUAAAGGGACAGACGUUUUUUCAAAAAAGAAAAAAAAAAGAUAUGAAAACCAAACGUGGUGUUAAGUGAAUUUUUAAUAAUGUACAGUUUUGGUGACUUUAAAUUUGUUCCUUUAUAUUUUUAGGACCAAUUCAUCAUUUUUAAGAGGAGGUAUUACAAGACUCUGUUGUAUUAAGGUGAUGUAACACGUGUGCAUCUGUAGAAUGUACUGUGAGUUGAAUAAAAACCACAUCUAGU